CGUCACGUCGUGACCUUCUAUGGUUUCCGUGUGGCGUUUGACAGUGCAGUCUUUGUCACAUGGGUAAUUGCAACCCAGAGUUAAAAAAACAUGAAAAUACUCGUCUUAUGAAGAGUUUUGCCGUACAGUUUUUUUUCCAUACCAACUGGAGGGAACAAUGGUCAAGUAUUUCUGCUGUGCAGGUUUGCUGAAAAGUUCUUGGGACCAAGUUUGCGUUGCUUUCUGGCAACGAUAUCCAAACCCUUACAGUAACCAUGUUCUGACUGAAGACAUCAUUUUCCGAGAGGUGACUCCAGGCAACUGCCUCAUUUCCAGACGUCUUUUGACCAAAACAAGCCGUGCUCCGCGUUGGAUGGAGCGCUAUCUUCCAAAGCACAUGGCUAGCUGCGCGUACAUCGUGGAGGACUCUGUUGUGGACCCACAGAAAAGAUUGAUGACCACACUGACGUGGAACAUCAGCCAUGCUCGUCUCAUGUCUGUGAAAGAGCGUUGCGAAUACAGAAUUAACCCUGAGAAUGGCACCUGGACAGAGAUACAUAGAGAGGCUUGGAUCUCUUCCAACGUGUAUGGACUCUCGAGGGCUGUUCAGGAAUUCGGUCUUGCAAGGUUUAAGAAGAGUGUUACCAAGACCAUGAAGGGUUUUGAAUACGUGCUGGCCAAAAUGCAAGGUGAAACACCGUCAAGGAGUUUGGCAGAAGCGGCAACAGAGCGUGCGAGAGAGACAGCGCUGGCAGCGAAAGAGAAAGCUAAAGGCUUGGCCUCACAGGCUCAGAAGAAGCAAUACGUGUGAUGAUUCCUUUACCUCGGAUAUCGGGGACACUUUUCUUUAAACCCUCCUCAGUGCAGGAAUGCAUUUUGUUUGUGAAGACUAACUCAUCUGCCUCUGUGAGGAAACAACCUGCUGAUGUGCGAGUGGACAACAUGAAAGCCGGAGCAGAGCCUCUUCCAGCCACCUCGUACCUGCGUCACUCAUCCUGAUCAUGUUCCCCUACAUGCCGGCUCACAGGGGCUGUCAUGUGACAGAAAACUGUUCCUCUCGCCUUCAUGCGACCGUCGUGUUUGCGUUUACUCUUAUGCAGCUUGCCUUCGUCAACAUUUCAGAAUUCACUGUCUGAUGCAGAUUUAUCAGUUGGAUUUUUACCUCGUUUGCCCUUUUUAUAACUGAUUAAAUUAGCUGAACAACAGAUUCAUCCUGCAAAAAACUGAUUGUAACAGUGGCUUAGUAAUAUAAAAUUGAGCACUCAAAAGGAAAAUUGUCAAUAAAACAAAAAAUGAAGACUACAAUGUGCUCAGAAAAAUCAAUAGAAUAUGCUCGUGACAAUAAAUGGACACCACGUUUUA